AUGGAAUUAAAGUCAAACUUUGGUGGUAAAUCUUCUUUGGAUUAGGAUAAAUCAGCGAUAGACAAAAUUCAAAAUGAAGUGAAAUUGAUAUAUUUCAAAGUCACUCAACAGUUAUUAAAAGAGGAAGAACAAUCAAUCAUUCUCAAUUUACUAGCCAUCAUAAUUCAAUUCUUUUAAGCCACUUACAUUAUCUUCAAUCGUCAAACAUGGAAAAUUUGGUAGACUUUUGAAGUAACUGAAUGGCUUAAUAAGAUAUUUGGGUAAUGUUAAAUAAGCUAAGAAGAUAUUCGAUGCUAGUUCCUUACUUUCAAAUGCUAUCAUUUCCAGCCCUUGUUGCUAUGAUGUAUGUCUGCUUAGGUUUGGUUGUAUUUGCCUUCAUGUUGAUCUUCUUUCUAAGCUAUAGAUUAAAAUCAGCAUUUACUUGGCCAAUCUACAUUUUGAGAAUUUUGAUUCAAAUGUUUUUAUCAGUUCUCUAUAUGCCAAUAAUGGAUAUAUUUUUUUCAUUAAUUGCUUGCACAACUGAUGAGAAUGGAAAUAAUAUAAACUAAAUUUUUAUUGAAGUUACUUGUUGGUAAGGUGUUCAUAUAGUACAUGGCAUUGUAUCCAUUUUGGGUAUUGUUAUAUUCUAUUUAUUUUGUGUCACUUUUGCCAUGAUUUAUUAUGAACCAAGGUAUUUACCUAAAGAACCACAAUCGAAGAAAUCUGGUAGAAGCUUAGCAAUUUUUUUAACCUAUGAAUUAGUUAUGAUCAUAUGCUAUACAUUUAUGAUUGGAAGAUCAUAUGAUUAUCUAUUCAUUUUGAUUAUGUUAGUUGGAAGUUUUAUUAUUUUUUGGAAAAUGCAUAUUGAAAAUCCACACAAUAAUGUAUAUAUAGCUAAAAUGUGGUCUAUGCUUGUUUCUGUAAAUAUGUGGAGUGUUAUAUUAUUAUGUUUUGCUAAAUUUCUUGAGGGUCAAUUAUUUUUUGGAACUAUUUAUGCAUGGUUAUCAGGAUUACCUUUAAUGAUUAUAGCAGUUUUGAAAACUGAAAAAUUGAAUUAUGAUUUACUUUUAACAAAUCUUAACAAAGUUACAGAUCCCCAAGAAGUACUUAAUUUGACAGAUCAUCUUAUCAAACUAUAUUAUAUUUAAGAUGCAGAUUCAUAAUUAAUGAUUGAUGGAUUCUUAGAAAUACAUAGAGCAACUUGCGCAAGGGAAGAUUGUUAUUUAAAAUAAAAAAAAUUACCAAAUUAGAGAUUGGCAAAACCAUUCUUUAAAGAUUAAAAUCUUCAAGAAAGAGAUGUUGAUUUACUUAUGGUAUUAGGCUAAAUUUACUUUAAUUAAAUCAAACGAUUUCCAAAUGAAAUUGCAUUAAGACUACGAUAUGCAUUAUUUCUACUAGAUCUCAUGAAAUAGAGACAAUAAGCAUUAAAUGAAUUAAUAUAAACGGAACAAUUAUGUCCAAGCUUUGAUAAUGAAUUCAUCAUUUUUAGAUAUAAGUAGAUUGUUGAAUAUGAAAUGAAUGCAGCAUAGAAUGAGAAUAUGGGUAAUUUAGAUGUAGCAACAGAAUUAGCAUUUUAAAAUCAUAUGAGAUCAUUUUAAAAUAAAAUUGAAAGAGCAACUUUAAUGCAUAUGGACUUUUGGUCAUAAUUAUAAGAAGACUCUCCUGAUUUAGGUAAAAUGAAUAAUAUUGGAGCUAAAAUCAAUUUAUCAAUUACUUAAGUAGAAGAACUUUGGAAUAAAAUGCAAAUGAUGACUUAAAAUUUACCUAAAGCUAUGAGAUUAUAUGGAAAAUUCAUUAUUGAAGUAUUAUAAGAUAAAGAUUAUGGAGAAGAAUUAUUAGAAAAAGCUCGUAGAUUAUAAUAGUAAAAUAGUAAGAACAAGAAUAAAUAAAUGAUAUCAAUAUUAAGUGGUGAGGAUUUAAGUUAAGAACCUAAUCCUACGACUUUGGUUUCAACAGCAGCUGAGAAAUUUGCAUAAAUUAUUAAUUUAAAUUUAUCAUGCUGCAAUUUAUUUGGAUAUAGUAAAUCAGAAAUGAUAAAUAGAAAGAUCAAUAUUUUUAUGCCAAAUCUUUAUGCUAAGUUUCAUGAUUCUUAUGUUGAACACUUUCUUUAGACAAAUGAUAAUAAAAAUAUUAAUAAAGAAAGAUUAAUCUACAUUAAAUUAAAAUCAAAUUAUAUAGCUCCAUGUUUUUUAAUGUUGAAAAUCAUUCAAUCUUUAGAUGACAAUUUAUAAUUGGCUGCACAAUUUAGAUUACCUAAAAUCUUUAGGCCAACAUGCUACAUUAUUACUGAUUCUGAAGAAAUUGUUGAUUCUAUAUCAGCCUCUUGUAUUCCUUUGUUGAAUAUAGAUUAAAAAGUGAUUUCCCACAAAAAGGUUUCUUUAAUAGAUAUCUUUCCUAAAUUUGCAGAAAAUAAAUCUUAAUAUUUAACUAAAGUAGGAGGACUGUUGUAAUUUUCUGCCUAUUAAUCUUAAUUUAGUAAUUCAAAUAUAACAGAAGAAAAGGAACAAGAACAUAUAACAUUUAUGUGUUAUAUGAGUGAAGUAAUGAAUGAUUCAAUUGAUUAAUUGGCUGGUUAUAUAAUCAGAUUAGAAUUGUAAGGAUAGGAUUAAAGUAUUAAUUAAGAAUUACUGGCUAAUAAUAAUCAUUUAAAGAGUGGGAGUAGUUUAUAAUUUAAAUUUAAUCCUUAACGUGCAAUGUUUAGUGGAGAAUUUGUAGCAGAUACUAAUUCUUAAAGAGUAGAUUAGACUAUAUUAUGGGAUUAAAAUGAUUAAUCAUCUAUGAUAUCUUCAAAUUAGAUUGAAGUUUUAAAUUCAGGGAAUAUAAGAUCAUAAGUUAAGACUGAUAAAUCGGAAGAAUAAAAUUAAAAUAAUAAAAUUAAUUAUGGAGAAGGAAUUAAAAUAUUAAGAUUAUUUGAAAAUAGACUCUAGGAUAUAGAUGAUAAGGAUGAUAUAAUGUCAGAAGAUGAGGAGAUUGGAAAGAAUAGUGUAUUUUAAAAUAAUUAAGAACAAUCAAUAGAGAAUGAUUAAUAAAGAAAUGAAUAGAAUAAUAUUUUUAGAUCAAGAAAGAAUUUAUUCUAAAUUAUUAAUAGUAAUUAAACUCCAAAAGUCAUUACUAAAUUAAGUUGGACUGCCAAUAUACUUGCAUUAAUCUUGGUUGUACUUUCUUUUGUUGAUUUCUUUAUUAUCUAUGCAUAAUAUGAGGAUAUUUAUAAUACAAUCCUUCUAGUUAGAAACUAAAAUUAAAGAAAUGCUGAAUUAUAAACAAUAACAACUAGUGUUUAAAAUCUAUUAAUGUUAAAUUUAGAUGUUUGGUAAUUGAAAACAGAUAAUGAUAAGAAAACAUAUGAAACUACAUGGAAAACUAAAUUGAAUAAUUCAAUUACAAAUGUUGAUAUUUUAAAUAAAGAACUUAUGUUAUCUAAUGUUGGAUUAAGUGAUACAAUAUUAGAUAUGUUAAGUACAGAUAUUGUUAUCAUGAAAUCAAGUGAUGGUAAUGAAUAAUUAUAUGAUUUAUCUGAGGCAAUUUAAUAAAUUAUAAGUAAAUCUCUUAUAAUAAGAGAAAAAAACAUUGUCAAUAUUAGUAUGUAAGAUAUAGAUGUAAGUUUUGUUUUAUAUAAUUCUUUAAAUAGUUUAAUCUAUUAAUUAAGAUUAUUUUCAACAUUAUAUGCUAAUGAAUUAAGAAUCAAAACCUAAGAUAAUGGAUAAUCAUUUCUAUUAAUUUUAGGGGUCUCAGCUGCAGGAAUUGGACUUGGAUUGAUCAUAAUGAUAAUUGCAAUGAUAUCUGUAAGCAAAAACUAAGAAGAAGUCUUAGCAAUGUUUUUAGAUCUUCCAGAUAAAACUGUUAAAUAUUUGUAUAAUAAAAGUGAAAACUUUAUUUCUAAUUUAUAAAUGGGUGAAGAUGAUGAAAUGAUGUCAGAAAUAGAUGAUGUAGAAAAGGAAGAAUAAGAAGAAUUAAAUAAGACUUUGAAGACAAAGAGAAAGAAGAAAAAGUUUAAAAAUACUAACAAAGAUUAAAGAAAUUUUAUUUUUGGUAUAUUUUUUGUUUUGUCAAUAACUUAAGGAUAUUUUGUGUUGAAUUAUAUUUUAAGUAAUACAUUUCUAAGUAAUCUUGAUUAAAUGAUACCAGAAAUAAAUGCAACUGCUAGAGCUGAAAGUUUUUAUAGAUUUGUAGAUAUAGGAGAAAGAGCUUUAUUUUUGGAUAAAAAUUCAACAAUAAUGAAUUAAGAUGCUUAUACAAUGGUUAAAAAUAAUCUUAAUGCUUUAUAUACAUUAGAUUCCUCUAUGCAUCAAGAACAUUCAUUAAAUGUUGAAAUUACUAAUUAAAUUUAUCUUGAUGCUUUUAAAGAAAUAUUUAUGUCUCAACCUUGUACAAUAUUAGCUACUGUAAUGAAUGAAGUUAAUGAAUAAGAUUGUUAGACAUUUGCAGAUGGAGCAAUUUAUUAAGGUAUGGCAGUUGGAGUUGCUCGUUAUUUUGAAAAUUUAAGGUACAUAAUGACAAUAUAUGAUUAAUUUUGGAAUAAUUCUAAAGUUAAUUUUACUCAACUGGCUCGUGGAUUUGCUACUUUCAAAAAUAUUACUAAGAAUUCAGAUAAUACAACAAAUUAUGUUCUUAAUUUAAAUAAUUUCAAUCAUACAAAAGAAGCAAGAUAAAUGCAGGAUAAUUAUCAUAGAGGAACAUUUCGUUAUUUAAUCUAAAAAAUGAUUGAAGGAAUUUAUCAAGAUAUGGAAAGCAGUAGAACUUAGCUUCUGGCAUUUUUCAUUGUAUUUGAAGUUCUUUUAUUUGUUAUAUAUUUCAUAUUGUGGUUACCAUUAGUUGUUAAAAUGACUAAAGACAUUUGGAGAACUAGAUCAAUGAUCAUGAUGAUUCCUUUGAGAGUUAUCUAAAAUAUUAGAUCUAUUAAAGCAUACAUCAAAGAGAAUAUACAAAUUAAUGAUAUUGAUGUUUGA